AUGUUGCUAGCGGAUAACAAAAUGCAGCCGCAGCCACUUUGCCCUUCUAUCAAAAACAAUUUGGAGUCACCGAGAAACGCUAAACCUCGCCGGAAACCGCAACCGGAGUUUGCCGACACCCGAAUUAAAACGGUUUGAAUUGGUUAUGAUCGAUUAGCAAAGAUUUGAAUCUUAAAUGAUGAUUCUUUCUCUGUUACCAACAAACUAUUCAGGUUUCCUUCAUCAAGGUACUCCUUUUCUGCCAUCAAAGUUUCCAGUGAGAGUUGGUUGUUAUCACAGACAUGUUUCUCUUACACCACAAAUAAUUUGUAGAGCGAAGAUAAAACAAAAAUAUUCAAACCAUAUUGCGACCACUUCUUCAAGAAAUGACCAUUACCAUAUAAGCUAUGAUGAUUCGCCUGAUGAGCCUUUUUUGCUAACAUUCAUCAAAGAAUCCUUAUGGGGUUUAAAAUCUUUAUCUGUAUUUUUGAUUGAGCAACCUAGCCAGCUGAAGUACAUAGAGUGGCCAAGCUUUAGUAAUACACUGAGGACUGCAACACUGACUCUUAUUAUUGUUGCACUGCUUCUUAUUGCAUUAUCAUCUGUCGAUUCGGCUCUCAGCUACCUUUUGGCUUUAGCUCUUCGGAAGAGCACAUAACUGUGAAGUACUGCUCAUGUUGCCAUUGCUAUUUAAGCAUUUUACUUCAGAUGCUUGUAAUCUCUUUAGGUCCAUCCUUGUUAGCAUGUAAUUAUCGACUCAUUUUGUGAACGUGAAAUGAUUAAGUUAUUCAAGUUGCUUUUAUCAAAGGAGUUGUUUCAUGUGAAGAAAUUGGUUGCAUUGCAUAGAAUCUUGUUAUUAGACUUGCAUUUAUCAAAUCAGGUUCAGGCUUAUAAAAGUGUAUUAGACUU